UGAGGGUCUAUGGAUUACUUCAGUUUGAAGAAGACCAGCAAUCUGCUGUCUAAACAUGAAAACACACAAGCAACUCAUAGUUUUGCUGACCAUACUCUGCUUCUCCCUCUCUGCAUCCUUCCCUAACAAUUCUUAUGAGAAGCUCCUAAAAGGAAUUAUAAAGAAGCGAAGUGCUCAAGAGGGUGGAUAUGGCAACGUGGCUUCACUGGAGGGUUCUGCAGUUAGCGUAGAUUUACUGGAUGAUAGUUGUACAACAGUUUACGAAGAGGAGUGUAAAACAGUCGAUGAACAGAAAUGCAAUACAGUACAAGAACAGCAAUGUCGGGCUACUACCAGGCAAGAGUGCAGCACUGUAAAUGAACAGCAAUGCAACACUGUCCAGACACAGUCAUGCAGUACAGUAAAUGAAAAGCAGUGCAGUACUGUAAAUGAGCAGCAGUGUAACACUGUCAAUGAACAGCUAUGCAAAACUGUCACAGACACUGUCAAUGAACAGCAAUGUAACACUGUUCAGGAACAGCAAUGUCGCCCUACCACAAGACAGGAGUGCACCACUGUAAAUGAACGAAAAUGCAGGACAAGAUACGAUACAGUAAAUGAACAGCAGUGUAAUACAGUACAGGAGCAGCAAUGUAAUACUGUCAACAAACAGGAAUGCAGUGUAGUUAGUGAAGAGGUCUGCAAUACUGUCCAGGAACAGCAGUGCAGAACAGUCACAGAAACUGUCAAUGAACAGCAAUGCAGCAUAGUAAAUGAACAGCAAUGCAACACCGUACAGGAUGAAGAAUGCUCUACUGUUAAUGAACAGCAAUGUAACACUGUACAAGAACAGCAGUGCUCCACUGUUAAUGAGCAGCAAUGUAAUACUGUAAACGAGCAGCAGUGCAACAUCAUACAGGAGCAGAAGUGUGAAACCCAGUACAUGACCAAGUAUGAAGAACAGUGCAGUACAGUACAGGAGCAGCAGUGCAAUACUGUCCAAGAGCAGGUAUGCAACACAGUCAAUGAUGAAGUGUGCAACACUGUUCAAGAGCAGGAGUGCAAUACAGUUCAAGAACAGCAGUGCCAGACUAUUACAGAUACUAUCAAUGAACAGCAGUGUACUACAGUGCAGGACCAGCAGUGCUUAACUAUCAACGAACAGGUUUGCAACAUUGUCAAUGAGCAAGUAUGUAACACUGUCCAAGACCAGCAAUGUACUACUGUUACAGACACUGUUAAUGAACAACAAUGCACCACAGUAAAUGAGGAGGUUUGCGAAACUGUAUAUGAUGAGGUUUGUGAUGGUAGUGCUGAUUCAUCUUAUGGUGAAGUUGCUCCUGAAGAAGGAUAUGGAGCACCAUCAGCCCCAGCUUGCAGACAGGAAGCCAGACAGGAGUGCACCAGUGUUCCAAGGCAACAAUGCAACAAUGUUCCAAGACAGGUUACAAGGCAGGAGUGCAGCAAUGUUCCUAGGCAAGUAUGCACGGAUGUUCCCAGACAGGCUUGUACCAGUGUUCCAAGGCAGCAGUGCACAAGUGUUCCAAGGCAAGAGUGUAGAAAUAUUCCCCGCCAGGUGCAAAGACAGGAGUGUUCUUAUGUUCCAAGACAAGAAUGCAGAAAUGUUCCAAGGCAAGUUUGCAACAAUGUUCCAAGACAGGCAUGCUCUACUGUCCCUAGGCAAGAAUGUAGAAGUGUUCCCAGGCAACAAUGUGAACAGGUUCCCAGAAGGGUUGAGGAACAGGUCUGCAGAAACAUUCCAAGAGAAACUUGCUACAAUGUUCCCAGGCAAGAGUGCAGAAAUGUUCCCAGGCAAGAGUGCAAGAAUGUUCCAAGACAAGAAUGCAGGAGUGUUCCCAGACAAGAGUGUCGCAGUGUUCCUCGACAACAGUGCCAGACUGUUCCCAGGCAGCAAUGCCAGAAUGUUCCACGACAAGUAAGCAGAGAGGAGUGUUUUAAUGUUCCAAGGCAACAGUGUAACUUUGUUCCCAGACAAGAAUGUAGAAAUGUUCCAUCAACAGAGUGCAUAUCUGUUCCCAGACAACAAUGCAGAAAUGUUCCAAAACGUGUUCCAAGACAGGAAUGCAGAAAUGUUCCCAGACGACAGUGCCGUUCAGUUCCUGAUCAGGAGUGCAUAACUGUUCCAAGACAGCAAUGCCAGAAUAUUCCUAGACAGGUUCAGAGACAGGAAUGCAGGAACGUUCCCCGUCAACAGUGCCAGAUUAUUCCAAGAGAACAAUGCCAGAAUGUUCCCAGACAACAGUGUAUCAAUAUUCCCAGCCAAGAGUGUUUUAAUGUUCCCAGACAGCAGUGCAGUAGUGUUCCUGAUCAGGAGUGUUUCAAUGUUCCUAGACAGGAGUGCAAGAAUGUUCCACGUCAGCAGUGUCAGCAGGUUCCUAGACAACAGUGCUCAGCUGCUCAACCCACAUAUCAGAGUUAAUCUUCAAGUGCUGAUUCUUUUUCUUGUCAUUGUUAGUUUUAAUUUGACAUAUUCUUCUCCUAAUGAAUAGUCAACCAACACCUCAUUGGUAAUAUAAUUACCUUUUAUUUAUUAUUAUUUAUUCAUA